CUACAACCUAGCAACAAACAAAUGCAGCAGCUCCAGCUGUUUCCGUCACCGAGGGACACAUUGUAACCAACCACUACCCCAAAUACGAACUUCCCACAGCCGGCAGCGUUAUGUUUGGAUCUGUAUGACCGCCCCUCUGUCAGCACAGAUAUUCGCCUGACAGACUCCGCGUUGGGGCGAACUGAUCACUGCUUCACGUGACGUCAAAACAAGUUGUGUUGACAGCUACCCCCGACUAGCCUGAUGCUAGCUAGUCCUGUUGCGUCGGGUCCUGGCAAGUCCCCCGCAGACUCUCGUUGUUUUAGAGGUGUGCUGGCCGUCUUUCCUCCAUGCUGGGUGGUGUAUAGGUUUGAGACAUGCAGGACAGGUACAGCGAGAUAGGGUUUGUCCAGCAAAUCCUCGGAUUGAAUUUAGUGCCGAGAAAAAAUGGCACGCACCGAGGAAACGACACAUCUCUCGACGACUUCUCAGAGAUGUGGUACGGAGUGUUCCUGUGGGCAGCGGUCUCCUCGUUGAUCUUCCACCUGCCUGCGGCUCUGCUGGCCAUUGCAACGCUCCGCCAGCAUAAGAUGGCCCGGUUCAUGCCCAUCGCCAUCCUCCUCAUGGGCCUCCUUGGACCAGUUUUUGGGGGGGUGCUAACAAGUGCAGCCAUAGCAGGUGUGUACAAGGCGGCAGGAAAGAAGAUGUUCUCUUUGGAGGCCCUCGUGUUUGGUGUGGGCCAGUCCUUCUGUGUCCUCAUCAUCUCCUUCCUUAGGGUCCUCGCCACCCUUUAGUAGCACGGAGGCCGGCCCGGCCCGACUCGGGACGAGACGAAGGUUACCCCGUGUUAUACCCGGGACAUGCGUAAACCAGUCAGACCUGUGUCUUGGUGUCCCGUCCUGCUGGUGGACCAGAGACCGGAGUGGAUUUGAUUCAAACCUCGGACUUGCUGGCCGUCCGUAUGACGUUUUCACCGCAGGACGGCAUGAUGCUACGUGACUUUUCAGUCAUUCCUGCGUGAUGCAAAGGCAGAGCGGGAUGCUGUUAUCUCCUGUUUCUAGGGGUUACAGGUCAACAGCAGGAUGACACUAAGCUAAUCUCAUCUCAGGGUGUGUGUGUGUGUUACAGUUUUACUCCAUGCAAUGACUGGGACAAGAACACAAUGGUUAUAUGCAACGAUUUUGGCUUUUCCCCUCGAGGCCUUAACUUCUAUUUUCUAACUUCCAAAGCGGUGUUUUCUCUUCAGGGCAGUUUGUUCUUUAACACGGUCUCUCUUGCUGCUCAUAUUUUAAUUUUUGUUGAAACAAAUUGAAACCUGACUGCCUGUGUGUUAUUGUUAUUUCCACUUAGUGGGAAACUUUGCCUGCAAAUUUAUUCUAAACAAGCAUCAAGUGAACUUUUGUUUUUAAUGAUCUGUUUUAUGGGACAGGAAUUGAAUUCUUGCCGAAUGUCACUGAUUUGUCUGCCCUGGGUUAAUAGAUGAGGGGGGGGGGGCUUCUCUCUGUGAUUUUUACAGGUGUCACACUGAACUGAUUUUUACAUAUUUUAAGUUAUUUCCAGGGUUUUUAUAGCUUUUUUUAAAAUCCUCAUGACCAAAUGUGUUUUGCUGGUUUAUUUUUCUGCUCUACACUGAACAAAGGACACAAUGGGUAGCGUCUGUGCAACUUCCAGAUAUUAAAGUAUUAAUUAUUGGCCCUUGAUUUUACAUUUAGCAUCUUUGAUUGAAAAGCUGAUAACCUGCGUUUGGUCUUUUCUACACAAACAGCAAAUCUUUGCAUCGGCCACACAGUCUUCUAUUGAAUUAUAUGCCUCUGUAUUGCUCUGAUUCAUUUGGCGUGUAUCACACACAGUGUUUCUUCCCGUGAAAUUGAGGUUCUCCACAUUCCCACUGCUCACGCCGUCCUGAUCUCUGCAACUCCAAGCGAGCGCAAACGUUGGAUUUUCUCAUAAUCCCCUCAAAGAAUUUUUGUAAUCCUCCUAUAUUUCCCUGUGCUACAAUCACCUCUGUUGCAUCAGAGAGAAAAGUCUCACAGUGCAACAAAUAGAGAAAGUUUGGGAGUUUUGGGAAGUAAAAUCUAUAAAACUAGGAGAGUACUGUUUAAGAUUGUAAGAAAAACAUUGUAGAGGUUCCUACACUUUGCACUUUACAUAUAUUUAGAAGUGCAUGGUUGUUUGAGUGGAGUUGAAUCAAUGGCUUCCAACUCCUCUUAUGCAGAUACAGCCUUGUUUGGAUUUUGUCCUUUGCCCUUUGCUUUUACUAUGUAUAUUUCGGAGAAUGUUUAUUUUUUUAUGGUUGUAUAAUUUUGCUGUGUGUGUGUGUGUGCAAACACUGGUUCUGUUACAGCAGCACGAAUCAGUGCUUUCCCUCCUCUGCCUCAGUGACAACACUGUCCCUUGUCUAUAGGGGAGGCUUCGAUGUGCAGGCCGACUGGGCGUGUCCCCGAUGGGGCUGAAGUCCCUGUUUAUAUGUUACUACUUAACGCAGCGAGUAUUGUGACACUAAAGGAAGUCCACACCGCGGCAACCUUCAUGAAGGAGGCGUCCUUCUAGGACUGCUGGGUUUGGGCUCUGAAAGGGGAACAACAGACCUUUUUAAUCCGCUUGUUGACCUGCAGCUCCGCCGAGUCACUGCGUCUAAAGAGGGGUGUUAACAGCGAAAGGUCCUUCUGGAUCUGUUAGUGGAUCACUGGACAGUCUGCAUCAUACACACCAACAUUGUUUUUCCUUGAAGAGGGUUCCUAGCACCUCUUUUUUGAUUUCUUGUAGUCUGUCACAGUAAGAAUAUAAACUGAAACAUGGUGCAGUCUGAAGAGCGCACUAGGUUUAGCUAGGUGGACCAAAUAUAUUAGCUAAAUGUAAUUUCUCUAAACUCUUGAUUUUGAAUGUCUAAUUUAUUUUAAUUUCCAUUAAUUAUUUAUAGUCAUUUUUGCAGAGAUGGGCUUCCAUACUCGCCAGUUGUCCCGGAUAAACAAUUGGUUCUGAAUGCUCCACCACUCCUGUGAUGUUUUAAAAAAUAAAAUGUUUUCACUUGCAUUGAUGCAAAUUGUUUGACCGCAAGGCGACGCAAACGGAAAUAUAAAAAAUAAUUUCACGUUAAAAGGUGUCUGCUGUAAUAGAACUUCUUAUUUCCACACGGUUUGGUCCACAUUCCUGGACUGGUUAGGUUCCAUUUUAACCAGUUUUUAAAUUAAAGUGCCAAUGGUUGAUUUAUUUUUUCUUUCAUGGAAUAAAAAUGUUUCAACUA